AUGACAGUUAUAUCUAAAUCUAAGAUUCUUCCAUGGGCCGACGUUUUCCCGCAGAUCGAAGAAAUCGUCUCAAACCAAACUGACACGCCCUUCUGUGUAAGCAUCCCUUAUGGACUCCAACUACAGAAGCAUCUCUGGAAUCCUGAGCGCUUGCGAGUUGUAAGACACGUUAAAAGCGGUACUGGACACAGCUUUAUAUCUCAUCACGGUGUCGGAAAGAAUAACGAAAUAAACAUCUGGAACUUUUCGAAGGAAAAACAGCCUGGAAAUUUAGCAGCUGGCAUCCAAUCAGUCUCCACAGAUCUUAUGUUUCUGCAUAUUUUGUUUUCCCAGAGAAGAUGGGUUUAUGUCACAUAUUGCAAUGAUAUGUCCAUGAGAGUUUUUAGCGCUAAAUUUCAUCUUGUGUCUACCACAUCGGUAAAAAAAACAGUUCUCAGCUUAGCGUACAAUGAAAUAAGAGAUGAAAUCAUCACUGGAAUCGCCGGCGGAAUAAUGACAUGGAAGUUCUCUGUUGGUCAACAAGAUCCCUUAAUUCCCGGCCAGUUAAUAAGCUGUUCUUUCGAGCCGUUUGACUGGGUUAUGUCACUGACAAUUGAUAAUAGGUGCCAGCAGAUAUUGGCAAUAUCUGAUGUGAGGAUAUCCAUGAUAUAUCUCCACAGUAACCAAGAGAGAUGCUUUUUUCAAAAGAAAUGUGACUUUUCCUUCACCACCUGUGCGUUUUACAACCCUGCCAGUUACUUCAUCACAGGUGACAAAAAUGGAUCAAUUCGAGCCUGGAGCACGAGUGUUAACAGUUUUCCUAUGGUAACUCAAUUUCUAGGUGAGAUAUGGAACUUCGAUACGUGCGCACAGACUUUCAAAUUGGAAACAGGUGAAGAGGUGAUCAGUAUGAGCCUACUCAGUGACGACCUAUUGUACUAUCACUCGGACCAUCACAUCAAAAUAUGGAGUCUUAACUUAUUUCACAGUCUUUUUACUGCUCUGAGUUCGAAGAUUAGAAUAUGCAUCAGAGUGAAAUCCCCAGGGUACCCCUGUCGGGUAUUGGUUCUUGCUGAGGACGGUGGGGUGCGGCUGGUGUCUCCAGUUCAUGGAUACGUGCUGACAACUCUCCUGCCCAUCACAAACAUGACGACUGAUGUAAUGGACGUGGCUCAUGAUCCCAGACAAGAAAAGAUUUACCUGGUGCUAGGAACCAGAGAAGUUUUGGUGUUCGCGAGUGACACAAACCCGUGUUGUGCACAUCAGUUGUGGGUGCCAGAUAGCCCUGAUGAAGGGGUUUGCAGCCUAGCUCUGGUUAAUGCUGAGUUUGCCCUUCAUGAAAAUGAAUUACCUUUGCAGUCAGGGCUACUCUUUGCAGGACAUUACGAUGGACAGAUAUCACUCAUAAGCGGCAAAGAUAUUUACAUGAGAGAGAACAUCCAAGCCCACCAAGGCCAGGUUACUUUCUUGAGAGUUUCUGCCUCUUGCUCGGAGUCAAGCGACAGUCUUGCGUCCCGUGAUCACCUGAUUUCAUGCGGUACAGACUGCACGGUUAGAAUAUGGCGGCUUAUCCACUCGGAAAGAAAUCAAGUAUCUAUUCUUCAAGUUGCACUCGUGAAAUUGCUGCGGGCCCCAAGAGAUCUGGCCAUGGCAGGCAACACCUUAUGCAUGGCAAUGGCUGACAACAACGUUAUUAUGUGCAGAGUGCAGGCAGACAGAAAAAGUAACACCAACAGUUUUGACGCUGUCAAAAAUUCCCAUGAAUUCCUAAUGCAUUCCAAAGAUGAAGGACACUCUGCAGUCAUCAAUGGGCUAUCAUGUUGUUCGACGCUGGGUUUAUUUGCAACAUCAAGCGAGGAUCAAAGCGUCAAGAUUUGGAACACCGACAAUCAACUAGUACGAGAAAUGUGUUUUGACGAAUCUCUAUGCGGGGUUUGCUUUGCAAACUCACGAGGUGACAUACUAGUGGGUUUUCAGUCCCAUAUCAGCCUGGUUACCAUCUUGAACUAUUUGCCCCUCUCAUAUUUAAAAAUCUUGUCCAGAAAGAGCAUCGAAAAUGACCCUUUUGAGGAUCACGUGCAGUUCAAUGAUCUGUUGAAAUCUUGGUACGAUCCCCAACGUGUUCCACGAAUGCCUCUCAAAGUCGACAAACGACGGCCACUAGAACUCACAGAAAUAAAGAAACCGAAGAAACGGAAAAAGGUGCAAAAAGAGCCCGUGAUUGAAAAAGCAAAACAAGAGGAUGGGGAGGGACAGGAUCUGUUUCAGAAGAGGAGGCAGUCUAGAAAGCUGUCCACUCAGAUUCACGUGAUGAUGGCUCUAAGGCGGUUUUCCAAAAAUUCUUCAAAAAAAUCACUGGCGAAAAUGGUGAACGGCAUUCUGGAAAAGCAAGAUGAGUCAGCCAAAAUGGAGGAUAGUCAAAAUUGGCAAACCCCAUUGCCAUUACCUGAUGAGAAAGAGACCCCUAAAAAAUAUUGGCCGUGUGCUCCUGACGGCUAUAUCCCAAACUCUGUUAUUCGCAAAUUCAUCAAACCGAAGCCUUUUCCUGAUCAUGAAAGGCUGAUUUCGAGACACAAACGCCAUGUAACAAGUAAUGCGAAGGUGAAAGAGGAGGAAGAUGAGGAAACAGAUGAGGACCUUAGAAUCACCGAACUUUUUUUUGAGGAGAGUGACGAAGAGGAAACUGACAUAGAUGUAUUCCGUUCUCCUUUCAGCGAUACUGAUAGCGUGGAUAGCGUCAUGAGGCUUGAGAUCAAACCCAAUACGAAUUUGCUUUCCCGCAUCAAAGGCAAGGAUUGGUAUCCAACGUUGCAGAAAAAGACACUUCCCACUGUAGAUACAGUUUUAGACGACAUGGUGAGCGCUUUGAAAACAGAGAAUUGUGGAGAGUACAUUAAGGACAUCUGUGAGAGUUUUAAGAAUAUUGAGAGAGAGUUUGGAAUUCCUGGUGAAAAGAUGAACGAAAUACAGAAACAGUUCAUUAGGAUGACUUCUAGUGAGAACCCAUCGACCCGUUGGGCAGCAGUGUGGGCUCUAGGUCGAUUAAACGUUCACCGCAAUGAUGCGUAUCUUUCCUUAGUGCGCAGGCUCGUAGAUGAUGACAAGGACACCCGAAAACAGGCAGCAAAAGUUCUUAAAGAUCUUACAGGUGUGGACACAAAGGAAGGCCUUUGUCGCCUAUUAAUAAACACGGGGGUAGUUAAUACCUUCCUAACGUGCAACGACAACGCCGUGUUGCUUGAACUGGCAGAAAGACUGAGAAGGAAAUACGGGCAAAAGGCAAACGUAACAGUUGUAGAGGAAGACGAUGAAGAAGUCUCUCCCCCCAGUGAUCUCAGGAACACAGAUCUCAGGAACACAUUAAAGAGGAAACCUUUUAAGGCCAACUUCAAGCAACCAAUAACCAUGGUAAGUAACUUGGCUCAUUUGUUGGCGUUGAUAAGUUGUGGUCUGUCUGUUUCAGCUGAUUAUAAAUUAGAAAUUGAUAAAGGUAGAGAAACAACCGUAAAUAAUUUGAAAAGCUAA